CCUUAGAGUAAAGUGUGACCAAUAUUAGUAUCAACAAUAAAACACUGAUAAACUAAACUGAUAACUAAACAAUCUCCCUCUAGCUCUUCUUUGCUGGGUUCUUAUCUGAUGCCUAUGAAUGUGGCAAAUUGUCAAAGAAGUGAUGAUCUUAAAGAGGUAAAAUCACAUGAUCUGAUCAACUGAGGAUAUAGGCGAUUUUACUAUAGGUGGCCGGCGUCAUGAGGAGAUGAUUUAGGAAAAAAAACAAUUUUGACAAAAAAUUACUUAGGCGAUUAUUUUAACAGUGUGAUGAUAUAGUAAGUGAAUAGCUGCAACAACAAUAAAACUUUUUUUUUUUUUUUAAACAAUUAUCCUUCCUGUUUGUAUAGAGACAUUUCUUUAAUUGGGGGAAGUUAAUUAUAAUUUAAGACGGUUGUUUAUGAAACAUGUAAAGUGAGAAGGAUUAUAAAAUACAGAGUAAAUGAGGCUGAAGUGUGUCAGUUUUGGGGCUCAAACUGUGGAAUGGACUUAAUGAUGUGUUGAAAUCAUCUAGCUCUCUGUUGGAGUUUGGAAGAACUUUAAAAUGAAAUAUAAUUCAUUAAUAUAAUAUAAAUUGAUUUACAUGCAUGACAAUCAAGGAUUAUGAAUUAGUUUUAGAAUUAUUGUGCUUCAGCCUUUUCCUUUUUUUGGUUUUUAAGUAUGGAGAAAAUUGUGUUAAAUUUGAUUAUCAAGAUUAUAUAGCCAAAAAUAAAGAUCAUUCAUUCAUCAUGCAUUUAUUUAUGCAUGUUAUUUAAACAACAACAAUAAAAAGUUAUUUUCAACACACAAAAUCUUUACAAACCAGUGCACCUUCAAAAAAUUCCUAAAGGACAUUAGCGAGGUUUCCAAGUUUUUUAAACUUGAUUCUUUUGAAGCGAGAAUGACAAUCCACUUGAUUUAACUUAUCCUAAUAUCCAGUACAUGAUCACCAGUUAUGGUAAAGACUUUACAAACCAACUUAACAUGUGGGUUCCCAAGCACUGGCUAGUUUUAGCAUAAGACAACUUCCAAUUUUUGAAAACCAAAUUAGGAGAAAAGGAAAAAGACCAAAGAGAGAAGCAACCAAUGAAAGGGAAGUUACAAGAGAAGGUGUUUGAAGCUUCCUGGAAGUGUAUUUACAUGUUGGUUAGAGAUAGCAAAAUAUAGGGAGAGGAACCAGAGUGCUUCUGGAUGGCACUUACAGUAUAUGCACUGGACACAUGGAGCAAAUUUCAAACACAGCUGUGAUAGUGUUUUGGCUCAACCCUGACCGUGCCUUUACUCUGAUCAGUGAGGCAUAUCAGCUGUUUUCCUUAGUACUGCAUUGAUCUGGGGCAAGCUGUGGCCUGUAGGCUUAAUCUCUGCUGUACUUGAGCUCACUUUGACUUCCCUGAAUGCACAAUGAAAAACAACAUCAGCUGCUUUUAUUGACACAUCAUCUCUUUCCCGUGCUAUUCUCGCUGAGUCUGCCGUUUUGAUUCUGCAGUUUAAUCAUUUGACUCAUGCAGAGGUCCUCAUCGGGGACUGGUGUGUUUGCUGUGUCGCUGCCACUGGCUGCUAUGUAAACGGGCACAGAGGUCAGUCUCCAGUGUUGAAAUGGUGCCUGUUCAUGCUGCCUGUGCUUUGUUGGGCCUUGUGCCCCUGUUGGUGCUUGGUGUUCCUCCCAUUUGGACCCAGCCAGAGCAGGUGCACCUCUCUUACCCAGGAGUGCCAGGCUCUAUGGUGGUGACCUGGACCACCUUCAAUAAGACAGAGAGCAAGGUGGAGUACGGCCUUCUGGGAGGUCGUCUGUUUGACAUGAGCGCCAAAGGUGAAGCUGCUGUGUUUGUGGACUCCGGAGAAGAGAACAGAAAGAUGUUCAUCCACAGAGUCACACUCACAGGCCUCAAAGCUGCUGCGAGUUAUGUCUACCACUGUGGGAGUGAUGAGGGCUGGAGCGAUGUGUUCUCCUUCACUGCUCUGAAUGACAGCACUAGCUUCAGUCCCAGGUUCGCUCUGUAUGGUGAUCUGGGCAAUGAGAACCCUCAGUCUCUCGCUCGGCUGCAGAAGGAGACGCAGCUCGGCAUGUACGAUGUCAUCCUGCACAUUGGGGAUUUUGCCUACGAUAUGCAUGAGGACAACGCCAGAAUCGGAGAUGAGUUCAUGAGGCAGAUCCAGUCCAUAGCCGCCUACGUGCCAUACAUGACUUGUCCAGGCAACCACGAAUCUACAUAUAACUUCUCCAACUACAGGAAUCGCUUCAGCAUGCCAGGCCAGACUGAGAGCCUGUGGUACAGCUGGAACCUGGGGUCAGCGCACAUCAUCUCGCUCUCAACCGAGGUUUAUUUCUAUCUUGAAUUCGGCCAGGAGCUCCUCUUCAGGCAGUACGAGUGGCUGAAGAAAGACCUGGAGGAAGCCAACAAGCCAGAGAACCGAGCAGUGCGUCCAUGGAUCAUCACCAUGGGACACAGGCCCAUGUACUGCUCCGAUGACGACCAGGACGACUGCACCAAGUUCGACUCCUAUGUCCGACUGGGACGGAAUGACACCAAACCGCCAGCUCCCGGUCUAGAGGAUCUGUUUUACCGCUAUGGAGUGGAUGUGGAGUUGUGGGCACACGAGCACACAUAUGAGAGGCUUUGGCCCGUCUACGGUGACAAGGUGUUCAAUGGCAGCAAAGCGCAACCUUAUGUGAACCCAAAAGCUCCGGUACACAUCAUCACAGGCUCAGCUGGCUGCAGGGAGAGGACCGACACGUUUAAUCCAAAUCCCAAAGAGUGGAGCGCUUUCCGCAGCACAGACUACGGCUACACCCGCAUGCAGGUGGUGAACAGCAGCCACCUUUACCUGGAGCAGAUCUCCGAUGAUCAGUAUGGGAAGGUGAUUGACAGCAUAUGGGUGGUGAAGGAAAGGCACGGGUUCUCCGCCUGGUCCUGAAGACUCGUGGCCACGAUUCUAAAAAAACUACUCAGGAAAUGCACUUUGAACUUUAAACAAGCACUUUUUUUGCUGCGUCACACCAAUCAUGAUGACAUUUUUCAUUCCUGUUCAUUCAGCUUUUCAAAUUAAGAUUUGGUUUCAGAUUAAUUAGAAGACCACUUCAUGAUGAUCAUGUACUGUGAAUGUAUAUAAUGUAGCAUACCUUUUUAAUAAAUUCUGCUUAUUUUAAUGGA